AUGUCAUACAAACCGGUCUUCGCGAAUUUUAAAACGACAGAUGACCUUGUCACACAUCUUAUCGAUUAUGUAAAACAAAAAAAUUGGUCUGAAAUUCAUGGCACGUCGCCAAAUGAACAACAUCAACAAAAAUUGAUUAAAUUUUUCGAGGAAUGUAAACAAUCAAAUGAUACAACAAGACGAUAUAAACCAAAGAGUGGAGAACAUAUAUAUUUUAUUGAAAAGGCUGAAAAUGAUUCUUUAGUAUUAAUGAUGGAAGAGUAUGUUAAAAAAUCACCGAAUGAAGAGAAAAAAUAUAAUGAACAACGACAAAAAAGAAAAAGACGUCUGUUAUUUCGUGAAGAAGUGAUAAAGUUGUUAGUUUCAAGUUUCAUUGAUUAUGGAAAACGAAAUGGUCACCCGAUUUCAAAUCAUCAGAUGAACGAAAAAUUUAAACACAAAUACUUUAUCGUUCGUCAGAAAAUUGAUCCGGUAUUAGAUUAUCUAAAUAAACUUGUUUAUUUCGAAAACAUGGAGUCAAGUUCAUCUGAAGACGACGACGAAAAUGAUGUUCGACAUAAUGAUAAAAAUGUUGUUACAACACCAAAAGCAGCAACAACACAACAAAUUCCAAUUGCUCCUCCUCCAACAACAGCUCCAAAACCCGUCUUGAAAGUCUCUUCGUCUUCAAAUACACAAUUCAAACGUAAAUCACUUGAUCAAGGUCAUCAAAAACAACAAUCAAAACAAAUGAAGAAAGAUAAUGGUGGAAGUGAUCAAACACCUGUAGCAACAACAACAACUGAUACACAAUGUGGAGGUGGUUUAAAGACAGUUGUUCGUCGUUCUUCAGCUACAACUCAACCGACUGCAUCUUCAACUACAGCUCCUACAACACAAUCAUUUAAACGUGAACUACGCCCACGAAAAAAAUGA